AUCCAUUCAUUGCUCUUCCGCCCCUCUCUUCAAUGCUUACAUCUGUCGCGCCAGCUCCAACGGAGCAGCUAUUCUUAUGUUUGAAUAAUGUGGCCCUCCAAACGGCCAUUUUUGGCAGAUGAGGAGCUUGGGAAGAAGGACGAUGACCAUCGGUCUCGCACAGCCCAUAGCCAACCAUGGCGCUCAAAGCAAUGGAAACCACCACGGCCGCGACGAUUCGUGUUAGGCAUUGUGGCUCUGUAUUUACUUUAUCUGUUCUUCAAAAAUAUGCCAACUGAUCUUGCUCCUGCUCCGGAGCGGUUCAACCCUGCAUUGGCUCAAGCGCGACAGGCCGCACUUCGAUUCCAGCAAGAGCACCUGCAACCACAAUCGCAGCAGCAGGGGCAGCAGCAGGAGGAGAAGGAGCUUCAACCUCCACUAUCUGGCGCUCCUCCGCAAGGCCCUCCCGAGCGAAAUGAAGCCGACGCAAAGCUCAGUGACGAACUCUAUUACAAUGGAAAGAUCAACUUCUACUAUUUGGCUAAGUCACUACAUCGGUUUCAGGGACAAGUCUCCCGCUAUCAGAAGCCAACCAGUCACGCCGUUGUCUUUGCUGCUGCAAGCCUGGAAAGCGUGUCGGAUCUCCUUCCUCUUGCCUGCCAGAUGGCAGGGAAAAAGCUUAACGAAGUACACAUGGUGCUGCUGGGAAGAGACGACGUGUCAAUCGAAGGUAUUCAGCGCGUCAAUGGUAUAGAUGAUGCGAAUUGUCCAGUCAACUGGCACGAUGCUAGGCCAGACUAUGCACAAUGGUCAACAGAUGCCCGUAUGGAGAGAGCGGUGGCGGCGGGUCUCACUUAUGUUCGCUCCUACCUCCUUCCGCAAGUAAUCCUGACACAAGGCGAGCAGAUGGAAGAACUUUUCUUCUGGCGCGGCGUGCAAGGUUGGGCAGAUGAAUCAGGUGUUCCCCAUGUCUCUCUCCCUAGCACAGCAAGGGAUCUCAUGUGGAUGUCAACCCUGGACAGUGGCGCCCUUCAAGCCUGGAAUAACGUUCAAGUUGAAUUUCUUGUUCAUGCUCCUUCUGAGUCCUCUGGCUCCCUGAUCAGGUUGCUCCGGACGUUGCAAAAUGCGGACUAUCUUGGCGGGACACCUAGCUUGACGAUUGAAUUGCCCCCUCAAGUAGACCCAGAGCUACUUCGCUACAUUAAGUCGAUAAAAUGGCCUCCUCAUUCUUCUGGAAAGGUCACUCUCCGUCGUCGAAUCCAGCCACAUGACAUGAACUCCGCCGAAGCCUCCUUGAAGUCUGUUGAGGCCUUCUAUCCUAGGGACCCGGCUGUGUCCCACGUGCUUUUGCUUUCUCCACAGACGGAGCUAGCCCCAUCAUUUUAUCACUAUUUGAUGUAUACCAUGCUAAAAUACAAACAUUCCCGCACCAAACAGCUGUCUAGCAAGCUUAUUGGCAUCUCGCUUGAGCUUCCGUCUUCUCUUUUGACUGACGGCAAACCAUUCGAACCACCAGAAGCUGACAGCAACCAUGUCUCCAGUCCGGGCGAUGGGGAGUUAUUGCCUUUAUUUCUUUGGCAGGCCCCCAACAGUAAUGCAGCUCUAUAUUUCGGCGAUAAGUGGGCCGAAUUCCACGAGUUCUUAUCAAACCGGUUCCUGGUUCAGGAAAGUAUGGGCCAGCAAUCACCCCAGGAGAAGCUCAUAUCGAAGAAAUACCCAGCCGUGAUGGAGUACCUCCUUGAGUUUAUCCGAGGUAGAGGAUAUUAUCUGCUUUACCCGACGUUUCCUGCCAAGGGGAGUUUUACCCUUGCUACGGUGCACAACGAACUAUAUCAUGUUCCCGAAGAGUUUGUUGAGGCUGAUUCACCUCAGCUCACCGAACCGUCACCAGAAGCGAUAACAGACCCCUCAAAGCCGCUUACACCAGGUCCUGCGGAAGGGCUCGGAGUCGUUGAAAAGCCACUGAGUCGAGCCUCAACAGUAAUGCCGCUUCUUGAACGAUUUUCCUUCAAGCUGCCUACCAUUGAUCACUUGCCAUUGUUGUCCUACAGCGGUGAGAAGCUCUCUGGCUAUGCUUAUAGCCGGGACCUCGAUGAGUACAGGGAAUGGUUCCGCACUCGACAUGGGGGAUGUGCCGAUGGAAGCCUCAGCAGCCAAACGGGUUCAGGGGGCUUAUUUUGUCUGGGCGGAUGAUAUUCGCUGUAUGUAAUGAUGCAUGGUCUGGGGCUAUAAGAAGCUGCGGCUCAUACCCCGUGUAAUUCGUUCAACAAUCAAGUUAGAUUUUUG